ACCCUGGUCAGACAUGAAGAACCCUCCAGGCCGCUGAAAGUUGGAGUUGAGAACCUUUCUCGACAAGCCAUGGCUGACAAAGACACAGGUGCGGCAUACGUGGAGGUGGACUACGACUACGAGUACAAGGCCAAAGACAAGACGGUGAGCAUCCGGCAGGGCGAGUCCUACGCGCUGGUGAAGAAGACCAACGAGGACUGGUGGCAGGUGAGGAAGGAGGAGGGCACCAAGACCUUCUACGUGCCGGCGCAGUACGUCCGGGAGGUGCGGCGCCCCCUGAUCCCCCCCCAGAAGCCGGCCUUGAGGACCAAGCCCACGGUCCUGGACAUUUGCAGGGCGCCCGACGAGAACAUCAACCGGCCAGAAAUGUCCAGCUUCGGCCGCUCCUCGCCGUCCUCCACCCCUUCCCCGUCUUCGGACCGCGUCACGCCGCCGGCUCCGCCCAAAGACGCCAACCAGAACUUGGGGAGCCCGCAUCACGGCAAGGUGGUGGCAGAACUGCUGCUGCUCCACAACAACAACCACCACCACCACCACCACCACCUCCUCGCCAACAACGCCACUUUGCCGCGCACGCGAGCCGACUCGCCGCCGCUCCCGGAAGGGAACCGCGACCAAAGUCCGGAGCGGAGCAAGGCGACCCCGCCAGGGAACGGACUGAGCAAGCUACACCACGACUCGGAGUCGGGGGACGAGCUGAGCAGCAGUUCUACAGAACCCAUGCAGACCACAUCGCCCACAGGUCCGGGCAGGUCGGACUCGCCGGUCUACACGAACCUCCAGGAGCUGAAGAUCUCUCAGUCCGGCCUUCCUCCGGUGCCGUGUGGUUCUCCUCUGCAGGUCCAUGGAGACUGGGAGACGCACAAGGAGGCCAGUGGCAGACACUUCUACUACCACCGAGCCACGGGCGAGCGCACCUGGAAGCCACCUCGCAGCAGAGACCACCGAGGAGACAGUCACGGCACGGCCGACUGCGAGUUUGGUCCCCAGCUGCUGUGGUCAGAGGAAGUGUGUCCCAGCACACACUCCAGUCAGUCGGACAGUCAGUACGGGUCGCCCCCUAGAGGCUGGUGUGAGGAAGUGGAUGAACACGGACACACACUCUACGUGUCAGAGUACACACACGAGAAGUGGAUAAAGCACGUGGACGAACAAGGUCGGCCUUACUACUACAACGCAGAUGGAUCCAGGUCUGAGUGGGAACUGCCCAAGUACAACAUGUCCCCUCAGUCUGGCGAGGCCCCCAAGAGUCGCAGCCUGGAGAGGAAACAGCCGGAGCCCAUUGUGCUCACCAAGUGGAGACACAGCACCUACGUCCUGGACCUCAACGACAAGGACUGCGCCCCGGCGCCCAAGCUCAGCUCUCCUGACUCUGACUCCUGCCCAUCAUCUCCUAAGCACUUCUCUACUCCGUCCGAGAAGUGCGGCGUCCUGAACGUCACCAAAGUGACGGAGCAUGGCAAGAAAGUCAGGAAGAACUGGGCGUCUUCAUGGACGGUCUUGCAGGGCUCCUCCCUCCUCUUCGCCAAAGGUCAAGGGGGCAGCAGCAGCUGGAAGUUCGGCAGCAACCAAUCCAAGCCAGAGUUCACGGUGGACCUGCGCGGUGGUUCAGUGGACUGGGCCUCCAAGGACAAGUCCAGCAAGAAGCACGUCAUCGAGCUGAAGACGCGUCAGGGCACGGAGCUGCUGAUCCAGUCUGAGAUUGACAGCGUGAUCAAGGACUGGUACCGGGCCCUGACAGAGACCAUCAACACACACGUGUGGGAGUCUGACGACGCCAUCGAGGAGGACUUGCCCGAGUCUCCAGGAGCUGAGAAGCAAGACAAAGACAAAGACCAGCGGGACUCAAAGAAGACCAGAGUGGUGAUGAAGACGUCUGUGAGUAUGGACACUUCGGACCAGAAGAAAACUCGCCUGAAGCUGAAGAAGUUCUUGACGCGACGUCCCACCUACCAGGCGGUGCGAGACAAAGGCUACAUCAAAGAUCAAGUUUUUGGCUGCAGUCUGAGCAGCUUGUGUCAGCGGGAGAACACUUCUGUGCCCACCUUUGUCACCACCUGUAUCAACCAUGUGGAGAACACAGGUCUCAGUGUUGAUGGCUUGUACAGAGUCAGCGGGAACUUGGCCGUCAUUCAGAAGCUGCGCUUUGCUGUCAACCAUGAUGAGAAUGUGGAGUUGGAGGACAGUAAGUGGGAGGACAUUCACGUCACCACAGGAGCGUUAAAAAUGUUCUUCAGAGAACUUCCUGAACCUCUCUUCACCUACGGCUCCUUCAACGACUUUGUCCACGCCAUCAAAAGUUGUGACCCCAAGAUCAGACUGACUUCCAUCAAAGAUCUGAUCAGGAAGUUGCCAAAAGCAAACCAGGACACCAUGCAGGUCCUCUUCAAACACCUGCGCAGGGUGACAGAUCACGGCGAGGCGAACCGCAUGACGACUCAGAGCGUGGCCAUCGUGUUCGGACCCACGCUGCUGCGGCCCGAGACGGAGACGGGCAACAUCGCGGUCCACAUGGUCUACCAGAACCAGAUCGUAGAACUGAUCCUGCUGGAGUACCACAGCAUCUUCGGCAGGUAAACACCAGCCGGGUCAAGACUCUUUUUCUUUUUGGCGGCCAGGACAGAAGAGUGUGGUGGACCUUUUUCUUUGACGCGGUGGAGGGAAAACGGCGAGUGACCAACUUUCAGGGCUUUUGUGUCCCCGGGGGCGAGCCAGACCGUGGUUCUGGUGUGUCCUGGUCUGUGGCGCCAUCUUGUGCUCCGGCUGGGAAUCGCAAGAAAAGUUGUUUUUGUUUUUGCACUUGGAAGAACUGGAACUGUUUGUUUGUGCUCGUGUUCGAACCCCAGACUCCAUUAAAAUGAAAUUCAUGUC